AUGCUGCUCUCAAUGUGCCUUUCCUUGGUCUUUGUUAUCAUAGACACCUGUGCUAUUGCAGGCGCAUUUCACACGACACUCCCGGUUGGAAUUGAACCGUUUUGGAAGCUUUCUUUUAUCUUCAAAUGUCUAUGCGACACUGUGAUCCUCGAUGACUUCAAGCAGGCUUUGGAUCGAAUUCGGGAGCAUUGGAUGCGGGUACAUUUGCAACAAGACGAAAGUAGCCUUUGUAACCUAAGAGGCAACAAUACGGAUGGCCCGCCCGUUCUACAGAACAAUCUGCCUGAAGAUGCCUCAGGAAUUCACAUCAGCUAUGGAUUCACUAUGUCUGAAUCGCAUGUGGAAUCACAAUGCCUGCACUCGCAGGCUUAG